GACCACCAAAGUCUCCCUGUCCCACCCCCACACCCAUCUCGUUCACGUACACAAUCGGGUGCAUUUCUUUCUUAUCACCGCUAUUCGCUCGGGGCGCUCGGUUAGGGUUACAACGGAGUUCUAAACAUCACUUGUAUGUGGACUUUCCAGGAAAUGGAGGAAUGAGUGUGUAGCAAGCGACACAGAGGGAGGGGAAACCAACAAGGCGUUAACUGCAAGUUCCACACAGGACGUGAGCGAGGUAUUCCAGUUCCAGCAGCAACACUUGAAACAAAAAGAUGAGUGACGAAAAUCAACCUCAAGUUGAACUUUUUGUGAAGGCAGGCAGUGAUGGCCAGAGCAUUGGCAACUGUCCGUUCUCCCAGCGCCUCUUCAUGGUGCUGUGGCUUAAAGGAGUAACAUUCAACGUCACCACCGUGGACAUGAAGAGGAAACCAGACAUCCUUAAGGACCUAGCACCUGGUGCUCAGCCCCCCUUCCUGCUCUAUGGGACGGAGGUGAAAACCGACACCAACAAGAUAGAAGAGUUCCUGGAGGAGAACCUGUCCCCUCCAAAAUACCCCCGCAUGGCUUCCAGGAACCCUGAGUCUAACACAGCUGGCGUGGACGUGUUCUCCAAGUUCUCGGCCUACAUCAAGAAUUCAAACCCCCAGCUCAAUGACAACCUAGAGAAAGGCCUGCUCAAGGCCCUGAAGAAACUAGAUGACUACCUUGGCUCCCCACUUCCUGAGGAGAUUGACGAGAAUAGUGCUGAUGAGGUCACUUCUUCCACCCGCCCCUUCCUGGAUGGGCAGGACCUCACUCUUGCCGACUGCAACUUGCUGCCCAAGCUGAACAUCGUCAAGGUUGUGUGUCUGAAGUAUCGCACUUUCUCCAUCCCUAAGUCUCUCUCCAACCUGUGGCGGUACCUGGACGCUGCGUACGCCCGCGAGGAGUUCUCCUCUACCUGCCCCAACGACACAGAGAUACACAUCGCCUACUCAGCCGUGGCUAAAGCACUUAAGUAGGAGGAGAAGGGGAUUCCAUCAGUUUUCACACACCAGUGAAUACAUCUUAUACACUCACCUACGCACACACUGUACAUGUGGCAGCAUACACACACACUAAUGCGCUCUCACACACACAUGCACUCUCUCAGACACACAUAUUAUUCAACUGCCUUGCUUUAGUACAGGUAAUCGAUAAUACUGUAAGAUCAAGUUGGAAAUAUUUAAUUGGCCAUUUAAGAGUUUGUGAAACUGAGACUUAUAGUUUAUGGUUCCCUUUUUGUCUUAAUACCGUAUAUUCAGUGGCAGUUACACACAGUUAAAGUUCUAUACACGGGCAGUAGGUUACAUAUGGUAGCAUCCAACUAAAGGUGUUCAGUCACUAUGAUUAAUUCUGCACUCCAUACAUUGCCACAUUCCCAGCUAUUAGUUUCUAUCUCUUUCCCAAGCUGUAAAGAAACUGCUCUUCUGUUGUGAUUACACACAGACAAAUACUUAGACCAGUUUAACUGCUACCUGCAGCUGAAAGAGAGAGGUCUGUUAUAGGCGUGUCUAUAAUUAUACAUUAUUACAGAUAUAUUAUUACACUGUUGAUAUAUUGUUCAGGGCGAACCGCCUUUAACAUGGUCAGUUUGAACCAGUCGUUUUAUACAUGCUAAAUGGUCCGACGUUAGGCUCAGAGAAUAGGAAAGCAGGUCUUACGUCCUCCCCAUACUGUACUGUCUUUAGUCAUGUAGUAGUACAUUGGGGCACACUAUACAGAGGUGUUUCUCAGCACUGUACAGUUACCGACACAGGAAAUGAUUUCAGCAGACCUCGGCUUCCCCUUUCUCCGCCUUGUAGCGCUGUUUAGGGUUAAUCAAGUUUAUAUCCCCCCAUUGUAAGGCUCUUUUGCUAUUAGUAAUCGACCUCCAUUCCUCCAUUCAAAGUGAAGGAUAUUUUUUAUACUAUAAAAAAACUGUGAGGCUCAUAUUGCGGGACAGUUGAGUUAUUCCAGACGAAGUAAUGUGGCUAUAGUUGCUGCUUUGUGUGAACUUAUUAUUAAAGAAGUACUUGACUCUGUAUGGCCUUGAGGCACCAAGCCGGUUCAGUCAUGUUUCACUGUAAUCUGAGGGAAAACUACAGGAUGUAAUGCAGGCGUGCACACGGCUCCUCGCAUGACUAAACCAUAAACGUCACAUUCAUUAAAAAUAGAGAUGCACACUGCAUAGAUAACUGAAAUCUUCAAGGGGAGAAUGCUACGGGAUUGUGCAUUUGUACUCUUUGAUAUGGUUACUGACGAUGGAAGACUCAAACAAACUUGAAAAAAGAGAAGAGUUUGAACCUUUAGUGAGCCAAAUGAAAGGUUUUACUUCAGGUCUAUUGAGCUGGGUGUUGUUUUAUGUUGUUUAAAUCGACAACACCUUUGAACCUACUAGCGUCCUGUGCUUUGUAGUGCAGAGCAAUUAGUGCUUUUUUAGGUCGUUCGAUUUCGGUUCAAUUAAUGCAAAAUAGUCACGGUUUUCAAUUUCGGUUUUGAUUAUUUUUUUUAAAUAUGAAAUGGAUUAUGAAAUAAUGACAUUACAAUGAUUUCAGAGCUUUUUAAAGGAAAUUCCAAAGCCAAAAAUAGUCAACAUUGAAUUUCCAAAACAUUUAAAAUAUUCCAUUGUCUCUGAUCAGGUUCACAUUGGGUAAACGUCAAUAGAACAAUUGGAAAUUACUAAACAAUAAAAUGUGUAUAUUACUUUGUUUUUAAUGGAUUACAGUAUUAUUUUUAAUUCCUUAAAGUAAUCAUCUCAUCUCUGUUCAGACAGUAGCAGUCAGCCGGCAAGGCCAUCUAACAUUACGUCCUCCCCAUACUGUACUGUCUUUAGUCAUCCUAUUUAGCUAGCCUGCCUAAGUAUGCUGCAGAGCUGUCUGAUGAAAUAAUUUGACCAGAUCUUCAAAGUAGAUAAGGCAUACUUUCAUGAACUGUCUCUGUCCCUCUCGUCGUUGUGUUGUGUAUAUUCGUCUCUCAUGUGGUCUAUUCAGUCUGUGUAAUUAACCUAAUGUAGCAUGCGUAAACGUGUAUCCGCCCUGAGAUCAGUAUAUAAUGACGAGAUGCUAAUUUCUCUGCCCUAAUAAUGAGAGUCGUCGCAAAUGCGGGAAGGCAAACCACAAGUGUAGGUCAUUCCAAGCCCAUUGCAUUCGGUUUAUUUUGGACAGAUUUUGGCGAGAGUGAAACCUCUCGUUUUGCCUCUUCCUCUCUGAUCUAUUUGAGCUGGGGGAUAACUGGCCCAAUGGAUUGUGGUCAUUGUAAUUAAUUACGACGUUUCUGCGCUGAACUAAAUUGAAUAUUUGUUUAAUGAAAACAAGUCCCUUCAGCCCAGCGUCCCACAUAGUUCUUGACAUAAUUUAUUUUCUGAAUGAUUUGACUAACUAAAUGGAAUUCAAGUAAUUUAUUAACCGACUUCGGUCCAUUAGUUGUUUAACAACCUGGAAAAAGCGAAAUGUCAGUUAAUCGCUCAGCACUAAGGCUUUGUAGUGUGUAGUGACUUUGAAUAAAUCAUCCAUUUUACAUUGACUUGAAAUUCAGUCCCCUGGGAAAGAACUGGAUAUAUUUGUUUGGGCUCUAUUUAAUCCAUAUCGCGGAAGGUCAGCGUUACAGCGUGAUUUAAAUUCAAAGGCAAUGUUACCACGUUAGUGGAUGCUGCAUUCACGGUAAAUGCUGCAUAUUGCAUAUGCCGGCUCAAUCGUAAAUUACAUUUGAAUUUCUAUUGCACAAUCUGUAACGAUUCAGCGAUACAGAUUGAAUAGAGCUCUCAGACUGACUGAUAGAGGGUGCAGUCAUGGUAAUGUCAUAAGCUUACAACAGCUUUGUGAAGACAGAACCUAUAUAUUUUGUAUGUCUUCCAGGGUAAGGUUUUGUAAGACAGUCACUAAGUGCAAUUCACGUUAUUGAAUAGUACAAACAUGAAGAUGUCAUUUGCAAUAUAUUUAGCAUCUGAGUUGGCAUUAUGUCAGCUAUUUUAUACAGUGGCGUCAUCAACCCGUGGGAUGAAUCUGUAGUUUAAAACCCAUACAUGUCCUCCACAUCUGACAGAUAAGAAAAUUCUUCAUGAAACCCAUUACUAUUUUACAUGACUGAAUCCUUUAUGUUAUGGAUUUUAUUUGGUUUCUAUGGACCUACUUUUACCGGUCAAUUGUCUAUAGUCCUGUUGCCAUGACAAUUUGUCAAAAGGGACCAAGUCUUCAUUUCAAUGUUGCCAGUUGUAUUUUCCUUUACUGAAGCUUGUAACAGUUCUUUUUUUUUUUUUUUUACUUCAUUUUACUGUAAGAUUAGUGAUGACUUCAGGGACUUUUUACAUUCUUCUUUAAUUCUUCUUUAAUGUAUUAUCCUCCUUUACUUCUCCAUUUCAUACAUAUCUAUUUUCCAUCUUUAUCCCCUCCUCAAACCCAUCCUCUUUUUUUAAAGACCCAUCUUCAUUUUUGUUGUUUAUUUUCUUCCUACUUUUGAUGCAUUCUUUCCUCCACAUAUUUCAGCCCUUUACUUCACCUUCAAUUUUAUUCGAAGGCAAUAGCACUUAACCUAGAUUAUGUUGUGUACAUUGAGUCAACGACAUUUCAUUAGAUCUUUAUUGAUGAUGACAAUCAAACUUAGUAUUUCUUUUGCAGGUUUUAAUCAUCCUGAAAAGAUGGUCAAAAUAAAACCACAAUUGGUUACUGUU